AUGAAGAGCCUAGUAUUAGUCGGGCUUCUGGCCCUGGUAGCCGCCGUGUCGGCCAGGGACAUUCAGAAGAGAUCUGCCGACCUGGAGGGAGAGCACGGUCACGGGCACGAAGAGCACGGCCACUGGCACAAGGGCCACGACACGAAGGGGCACCACGGCGUCGAGAAACACGACGAGUUCAAGAAGGACAAGCACUUCCACCACCACCACGGGGAGAAGGGACACCACGAGCACUAUGGUGGUCACCACGAUGAGGGCGGUCACAAAAAGGGCGGUCACUUCCACAAGGGGCACAAGCACGGAGGUCAUCAUGAGCACCAUCACGGCAAGAAGGGUCACCAUGAGAAGGGAGGGCAUCACCACCACCACAAGGGACACCAUGGUGAAGAUGGCCACCAUGAUCAUUGGCAUCAUCAUCACGACCACGACAAGAAGGGAGGACACGAAGACCACAAGCACUGGGGUCACAAAUCCGGCCACUAA